GCGCGUCGUAUUUUCCCCAUUUAACUCCGAGCACUGUUGCAAACAUCAACUGUAACAGUGCAGCCCCGACUCCACUCGAUUCAAAACACCGUCACUAUAUCUAUACAUAAUAUUAGCCAGCAUAUAUAUAUCAGUGUUUGUUCCUCGUCCUUCAUUCGUUGUUUAGUGUGAAUGAAGUGUUAAGUGAAGUGUGCAAAAAGUGAUUGACAAGUUAUCGCAAUUGAUCCUAGAAUCCUAGGAUCAAUUGAUCUACUGUGCACCCACGCAAGGAUUUAUAAUAAUCGCGAUAGCCAAUCAACGGGGGACUAUUUAAAAAUGCACCUACCCGAGGGACCAAAUGGAAUGGAGAUCUUCAGCCAUGUACACGAUACACUCAGAGCAUGUCACGGAGAUCUUGUGCAAACCGGUAGUCCUGCUAUUUUGUGCAGCGCACUGCCAACGCACUGGAGAUCCAACAAAUCAUUACCAGUUGCAUUCAAAGUUGUUGCACUUGACGACGUCAGUGACGGUACACUCGUCACCAUUCGCGCUGGCAAUGACGAGAAUUGCUGCGGUGAACUGAGAAAUUGCACCGCAGUCAUGAAGAAUCAAGUCGCCAAAUUCAAUGACUUGAGAUUCGUCGGACGCAGUGGCAGAGGCAAGUCAUUCUCACUGACGAUCCAAAUCAGCUCAAUUCCUUUCCAAGUCGCCACCUACACGAAAGCCAUCAAAGUCACUGUAGACGGCCCCAGGGAGCCCCGAUCCAAGUCGAACUACCAGUACGGGCCGGGAUUCCCCGGACUCGGUCUUCUCAAUCCCUGGCUGGACGCGGCCUAUCUCGGUCACGCGUGGCACCUGCAUCAUCCUGCUCUAAUGAAAGGAACUGUACCAAUGCCACCAGCGGAUCUGUUCACACCAAGUUUUCCACCGACAGUACUGCCGUCCACCUAUCCGUUCCACGAGCACGUCAAGUAUCCAACGGAGUAUCCUGGCAUGCCGACCAACAAGACACCGGCAUUACCAAACAGCCCAUCGAGAACACCAACGAGAAGUCCAAGUGAUAGUGGCAGUGAAUCAGCGGCUGAUGAAGUUCGCAGUGCCUUUGUGCCAAUCAGAAUAAAUUCAUUGCCACCUGCGUCGAUAGCUGUUACCCCCUCGUCAUCGUCACCAGGCAGGCCUGUGGCAUCGAGAAAGCCGACGGAAGGUGUCAAGUGUGAGCUCAAAGCACCGACGACACUCAUAUCCAAGAGAAGUCCAUCGCCGACUAAACUCCUGUCACCACCAGCUGCCAAGCCCGUUUGGAGGCCUUACUAAUUUACCAUUCUCCUUCGUUUCUAACUUUUCUCGUGAUUUAAUCUCAACACCGCUGGAAGGCUAGUGAUGUCGACGAAGACGCCAGGCGUCUACGUGUGACUAUUAUU